GGAAAAACAGGAUGAAUGUAAAAUAGCGAAAAAUAACAGGAAACGAUCCUAAAUGUAUUAACUAGUUGUUUUUGCCAAAAUGUAUCGAAACGCGGGCACAAUGUCCAAGGUAAUUUGUUUGUGCCAAGUUAGUGGUUUGAGUUAAACGAAGUACGUCAGAACGGUUUCCGAACCGGGACUAUAAGUAAAUGUGUAGAACUGUAUUAUAUGGAGAUUGUUCGAGAUUGGUUCAGAUUGUUUUGAGAUUGUUGUAAGAGAAUUGUUAUGUAAAAUUGUUGUAAAUUAAAGAUAAAAGAAAAACCAGCGUGUGCAGGUCAAUUUCCUGAACGAAGCCAGUGAAUUCUGCGACAAGUGGUCCUUCGAGCCGGAUAGCGAGUAAGAAAAAUGACAGAAUUGGUCAGAAAAAAGAAGUCGAGAGGUGGGAAUCGCGGCCAUCUGAAGAGAGUCUCGCAGCAACUUGUGGAGCUGAUCGAUGAUUACACUAAUGAAAAAAGGGUCGACGCUCUACAAGUUCGGGAGACGAUAAACGAAACCCUCGGAGCCAUGAAGGAAUUGGAUUCAGAGAUUCUCGAGUUCAUCGUGGCUGACGAGGAGUCGACCGAAGAGGAAGUCGCAAAAGAAAUCGAAGAGUCGUCGAAGUUACGAGCAGAGGCGAAAAAACUGAUUAAGCGUCUUGACGAGAAACUGAAGUUAACUGUUGUUAGUUCGCCGGGAAUUAGCAAUGGAGCGGUAGAUGAAGUAAAUGUGGGGGCAAGUACGAGUUUUGCCGCGAGUGAAGACUCGAGCGAGGUGAGCACAGCUGCUAAGAGACAUGUCGCGCAGGUACGUGCCAAGCUACCAAAACUAGAAGUGAAAAGAUUCGACGGAAAUCUGUGUAAUUUUCAAGAGUUUUGGGACUCGUUCGAAAGCUCCAUACACCGUAACGAUGGCUUAUCAGACGUAGAUAAGUUUAACUAUUUACGGGGGCUCGUAGACGGAUCGGCGAAGGCAUGUAUUGCGGGGUUUUCGUUGACUUCGGCAAAUUAUGUAUCGGCGGUGAAUAUUCUCAAAGAGAGAUACGGAAAGAAAUCGGCAGUUCAGCGCGCCCAUAUGAAAAAACUGUUGAAGGUUGACGGCGUGAGAGAUGAAAACGAUGUUCCCUCGUUACGACGGUUGUGUGACAGGGUCGAAACAAAUUACAGGGGCUUGGAAGCACUCGGAGUCGACAAAGAAUCGUAUUCGUCCAUUGUUGUGCCAUCGGUCCUCGACAAGUUACCGGAAUCUGUGCGACUAUUAAUUACACGGGGAAAAAAUUAUCAUGAGUGGACUCUAGACGAUUUACUGACACCACUAAAAGAGGAAAUUUCGUUGCGUGAGGAGCAUCAUCACAAAGACGCAGAGCGUGGUAAGGACGGGCGUGAAAGGGGAGACAGACGUUGGAAUCGUGGAACAACAACGACGCAAGCGUUUUUGACGAAAGGGGGAAUGGCGAAUUGUGCGUUUUGCCUUGGUCAGCAUCGCCAUGAAGAUUGCAAGAAAGUAAAGACUCUGGAGAACCUAGGUCUACCUUGGAGGGAGAAUCACGAUCCGUUGCCGUCGAAUUAUGAGGUGAGUAUCAAACGCAUGAAAGGCCAGAUUAGGCGUCUCACUAAGGAUCCUGAGUUACUGUCUGAGUACGACGCAAUAAUUAAGAAUCAAGAACAGGUAGGUAUCAUUGAAAGAGUAAGCAAGGAUGAAAUAGGUCCGGAUUCUAAGGUACAUUAUAUUCCCCACCAAGCCGUGGUUCGUAGAGAUGCUAAAACUACAAAAGUUAGGAUAGUGUAUGACGCGUCGGCGAAAGCGCAAAAGUCUAGUGUUUCCUUAAAUGAUUGUCUGCAUGCUGGACCGUCUCUUAACCCGCUUUUGUUCGAUAUUCUUGUCCGUUUCCGAGAGCAAAGUGUAGCGCUAGUUGCGGAUAUAGAAAAAGCGUUUUUAAAUAUUGAAGUGCAUGAAAGAGAUAGGGACAGUCUUAGAUUUUUGUGGGUUGAUGAUGUUUUGCGCAACAAUUUAAACCCUAUAGUGUAUCGAUUUUGUCGGGUAGUGUUUGGAGUGAAUUCGUCGCCGUUCCUGCUUAAUGCCACGCUAAGACAUCACAUAGGUAAGUAUGCGCUGAUGGAUGCGGAAUUUGCCGAAAAAAUGCUAAGAGGGUUUUACGUAGACGAUUUAGCAACCGGUGAAAGGUCUACAGAAAGCGCGUAUUUGCUUUAUACGAAAGCUAGAGAGCGCUUGAAAGAGGGCGGAUUUAAUUUGCGUAAAUGGCGCACAAACAACAACGAAUUGCGGUUGCGCAUUGAAAGGGAAAACUCAGAGCAAAACGGUGCCAAGGGACUUGAGCCAACGUAUGCCAAAACAGCACUUGCGUGCCGAGGCGGAGAUCAAGUUGAUAAGGUAUUAGGGCUCGAGUGGGAUUGCGUGGGAGAUACGAUUAAGUUUAAUUUUGGCCAUUUGACCCAGAAAGCGCAAAGGUUAGAGCCUUCGAAGAGAAAUGUUUUGAGCCUUCUUGCUUGUAUAUUUGACCCCCUAGGACUUAUAAGCCCUACGGUUGCAAAGGCUAAGAUUUUAUUUCAAGAUAUUUGUGUCAGCGGGCUAGAUUGGGAUGAUGUAUUCAGUAGGAACUUGAGAGAAAAGUGGGAAAGGUGGUUGGCAGAUCUUAGGGAGACCGAGGAAGUGAUACUUGAGAGGUAUAGGGAAGAACGAGUGGGCGAUAGAAUUAGUACAGGAGGAGCCAAACAUUGGUUGCAUGGUUUCGGUGAUGCGUCAAAAAGAGCAUAUUGUGCCGUUGUAUAUCUUGUUACAAUUGAGAGCGGUAAAGCGUAUGUAAAGUUGAUCGCUAGCAAAACUCGAGUUGCGCCGCUAAAAGAAUUAACAAUACCACGUUUAGAAUUAAUGGCGGCCAGGAUUUUGGCGCAGUUGAUGCAUGCAGUAAAGAAUACCUUAGAAUCUGAGUAUAAGUUUGAGGGUAUUAAGUAUUGGACGGACAGUAAGACGACGCUGUGUUGGAUACGCAACACGGGAGAGUGGAAACAGUUUGUUAGACAUAGAGUUGACGAGGUCUUGAAAUUGACCAAUAAGCUUGAUUGGGGACAUUGCCCGGGAAAGGAAAAUCCCGCUGAUUUAGGGUCCCGAGGUGUUUUGGUCUCGGAAUUAAAAAAUAGCAAACUUUGGUGGCUAGGACCGGGAUGGCUAACAGGGUCACCAAGUGGCUGGCCACAAUUGGGGGAUAUUCUACCCACACCAGAAAGUAAGGGAGAAGAGAAAAAAUUGAGUGUUAACUUGAUGAUAACUGUAGAUUCUCUGUACGGAAUUUCAAAUUUGAUUAAAGUAAAUAAGUUCAGUUCUCUUACUAGAUUAUUAAGAGUGACAGGUUGGUUGAAACGAUUUGUUGCAAAUUUGAAACGAAAGAAAGCAGGGGAGAGCAUAGUUACUGGAACGUUGCAUGAGAGUGAGUUGCGAGAAGCUGAGGUAGAGUGGAUAAAGGUAGCACAAUUAGUUUUAAAAGACCAAACUAGUUAUAACCAGUUAGAACGACAGUACGGGUUAAUAGAAAGAGAUGGCAUAUUGUAUUGUACCGGAAGAUUAGGCAAAUCCGAUUUAGACAUAGAAGCAAGAGAGCCAAUAGUUUUGCCCAAGGGUCAUAUAUUUACCAACCUGGUUAUAAAACGUUGUCAUGAUUAUGUUUUGCACAAUGGUGUAAGGUCUACUUUAGCACAGCUUAGGUCAAAAUAUUGGGUUCCUCAGGGAAGACAAGAGGUGAAACGAGUGUUAGCAACUUGUGUAAUAUGCAAGAAAUGGAAAUGCAAGCCAUGUACCAAACCGCGCCAAGCGGCGUUGCCAAGAUUUCGCGUUACAAAGUCUGCACCAUUUGCAAACUCAGGCGUUGAUUUCGCGGGGCCUUUAUUUGUUAAAGCUAAGAACGGCAAGAGUAUGAAUAAGGUUUAUAUAGCGCUAUUUACGUGCUGCGUGACGCGAGCUGUGCAUUUGGAGCUAGUUGAGAAUUUGAAAGCGCCAACAUUUUUGCGAUGUUUUAGGCGAUUUGUCGGCAGAAGAGGAACGCCAAAAAUUAUGGUCUCUGAUAACGCUAAAACGUUCAAGGCUAGCAAACGAAUUUUACAAGAUUUAUUUGAUAACGGCGAAGUAAAGGAUUGUUUGAGUAACAAGGGAAUAGACUGGAGAUUCAAUUUAGAAAGGGCCCCUUGGUGGGGAGGUUUUUUCGAAAGACUAGUCGGGGUAGUUAAAACGUGCUUGAGGAAAGUGAUUGGAAACGCGAAACUUACAUUCGAUGAAUUAAGAACGAUAUUAGUGGAAGUAGAAGCGACAGUAAAUGACAGACCUUUAACCUACGAGUACGAUGAGGUAGGGAGCGAAGUAUUGACACCCUCACACUUGAUUCACGGCAGGCGAAUUAUUGCAUUACCAGACAGCCAAACCCAGGUUAAGGGUAAGUAUGAAUCUAAGAGAGACACCAUAGCUAGGUUUAAGUAUAUAGGUACGGUCGUAGAGCAUUUCUGGAAUAGAUGGAGACGGGAAUAUCUCACAAACUUGAGAGAGUUCCACAAGGUAGGUAUAUCAGAGAAGCGGCAGGUUUCAGUGAGUGUAGGAGAUGUUGUUAUUGUGUUCGAGCAGGGAAAAAAGAGAGGAGAAUGGAAGACGGGUAUUGUGCAGGAGUUGAUUGUCGGCAAGGAUGGAGUUGUUCGUGGUGGUAAGGUUUGUGUAAUGACAAAUGGUUGCAAGCAGAGGAUUAAUAGGGCCGUGCAGCACUUGUACCCGUUGGAAGCUGGUCGAGUGGAAGUUGGUAAAAAGGUUGAGGCGGUGCAGAAGGAAAAUGUUGUUAAGAGGGUUGCAAGGAAGGCCGCCUUGGAUGCAAGGUGGAAAACACAGGCGAUGCUUGACUCGUAGGCGAGUCAA